AUGAAUGCAUCAUCAUUUAAUUCUAAUGAACAAGAACAAUCAGUGACAAAUCUUGUUAAAAUUCAUUCAUUAUCACAAUUACUUAAACGUGACCGAGAACAGUUAUUAACACAAUCUCGUUCUAUAGCAUAUUAUCACCCACAUAUCGAUCGUGAUAAAGCCGAACAAUUAUUACGUGCUAAAUAUACACGUUAUAAACGUGAUGGUUUAUUUUUAUUACGCGAUUGUACAACAUCACCACAUGAUUUUAGUUUAUCAGUUGUUUGUGGUGAUAAAUGUUAUCAUUAUAAAAUACAACUUAUUUAUGACAUCUAUUUUUCUAUUGAUUCAGGCCCUCAAAUAGCUGGUAUCGAAAGCGUAAUAAGCUAUUAUCAACAACUAUCUGAUGGUCUUGCUUGUAUACUUUCCAAUGAUUUUGUUCAAGGUCAACCUCCUCCUACUGCUGCUCGACGUUUUGGUUCAACAAAUACAUUACAUCGAGCUUGUAAACAAGGCAAUUUUGAUAUAGUCAAGAAAAUUCUUUCGCCAGAAACAUUAAUGAAUCGACCGGAUGUUAAUGGAAAAGAUUCAUUCGGAUCUACGGCACUACAUGAAGCAAGUUAUUUCGGCCAUGAUGAUAUUGUUCGUUUGCUAAUUAAAGCUGGUGCUCAUGUUCUUUCGCGUGAUACGAACGGUGCUACAGCUUUACAUAAAGCAGCAGCCGGUAAUCGUCCAUCAACAUUACUUAUUUUAAUAGCUGAAGGCUUUGCUGAUUAUGAAGAACGUAAUUAUACCAAUCAUUGGGUACCAUUGCAUGAGGCAGCUUUUCAUAAUUCAACGGCCUGUGUUCAGGUUUUGCUUGAUUGUGGUGCUCCACUCCGUCCGCGUACAGAUCAAGGAAAAACUCCUCUUGAUUUAGCUGAAGAAGUUAAAUCUGAAGAAUCAAUUAGUUUACUUCGAGACUAUAUAGUUCCACCUGCAGAAUCGCGUCGUGCUGAUUGGUUACAUGAUCAGCCAAAAUUUGAUCGUAUUGCUGCAAAACAAUUAAUUGAAUCAAUGCAAAAUGGUCCGCAUAAUGGAAUGUUUGUUGUUCGUCAUAGUUCGAAAAAUCCACAAAAUUAUGCAUUAACACUUUAUAAUGACAAUGAGUUUUUUAAUUAUGAAAUUGUUCAUCUUAAUGAUAUCACAUAUUACAUCGAUGAUGGACCUUACUUUGAGUCACUUGAUCAUUUAAUAGAUCAUUAUUGUCGAAUACCAGAUGGCCUACCAACCACAUUAACAUGUUCAAUAGAUUCGUUGGGACAAAUCAAUAAUAGUCGAAUUCAGCCAUUCUCGCUAAAAUCAGCUAUUUAUCAUGCUAAAAGUAAUUCGACUAAAAUUAAAUCAAAUUUAGGUCGAGUAAUAAGCAAUGAGAAAACAAAAAGUAAUGAUAAACCUACUACAUCCGUUAAUCUUCAUCGUCGUACAACAUUUUCAUCUGCACUGAGUGGUUCAGUAUCGUCACUUAAUUCAUUAUCAUCACGUUCUCGAGCGUCAUCAACUCAUGAUGAUCCAUUAUCAACAUCGUCAUCUAGUGCAUCACUUUCAAGUGGUAGUCCGUCUCAACAGCAAGGAGUCUCCUCGUCAAAUCAUCGAAAUGCAGCAGCAAGUUCAACACCAUUUGUUGAUCGACGAAAAACUGUUGGUGGCAAAAUAAAACCAUUUGUACCUGAGUACAAUAAUGAAAAUGAGCGACGGUCCGCAAAAACUUCCAAUGGUAAAAAUUCAACAAUAGUCAAACGAUCAGCGCCGCAAGGUACAACAGUACAAAAACGAAAAUCAUUACAAUUAACAAUUAUUUCGCCAAGUCAAAUACAACAAACAGCUAAAUUAGGUGAAGGUGAAUUUGGUGAAGUUUAUGAAGGUUUCUAUCGUGAAGAUCUAAAUAAUCCUGUUGGGAUACCUGUUGCAAUUAAGAUCUUAAAAGAAUAUUCUUAUUCAGCAAAAAAGGAUUUUCUACGUGAAGCUGAACAUAUGGCAACGUUAAAUCAUCAUUGUAUAUGUACAUUAUAUGGUAUUGUCGAUUCAACUGAUGACACUAUGAUGAUGGUCAUUGAGUUACUUCUACUUGGUUCAAUGCUUGAUUACUUAUGGAAAGAGAAAGACAAAAUAGAUGAAUAUCAUGUGAAAUUAUGGGCAUCACAAAUUGCUGAUGGUAUGGCAUAUAUGGAACGUAAAGGAAUCGUUCAUCGAGAUUUAGCCGCAAGAAAUAUACUUAUGCAAUCAAAAGAGCAAGUUAAAAUUAGUGAUUUUGGUCUUUCAAGACGUAUCGAUGCUGAUGUUUAUAUGCAAAAAUCAGACAGUAAAAUUCCAGUUAAAUGGUAUGCACCCGAAGCAAUUAGUAUCGGUAAAUUUACUUCAAAAUCCGACGUUUGGUCUUUUGGUGUUACUCUUUGGGAAAUGUUUUCCUAUGCUGCAACACCUUAUGGUGAUAUGAGUGGUACUGAUGUAUAUUAUUUUCUACAACAUGGCAAACGUUUAGAACGUCCAGCACGUUGUCCUUCAUCAACAUAUCAAUUAAUGAUAAAAUGCUGGGAAUGGGACGAAAAGAAACGACCAACAUUCUCUGAACUUUUUCAAUCGUUAAAAAUAGAUCAUGAUUAUCGUGAUGCGAAUAAAGCAAAUCCAGUAAAUACAACAUUGUUAAGGAGAAAGUCAGCUAGAACUAUAUUAAAUUCCUCAGCAUUAACUGAAGAAAAUAACCGAGAUAAAAAAAAUGAUAAUAAUAAUAAUAGUGAACAGAAAAAUGAACAGUAUAAAACAAAUGGUAAUGGCCAUGUAUCAAAAACAAUAUCUCAGUUUCAACAUACACUUCCUAAAGAACGAACAAAUUCUUAA